UUCGUAUCGGAGUACUUUUAUCAAUGAGAUUUGAGAGUGAUAUGUCACAAGAGGAACUUCCGCUCUCAGAUGAUGAUUUCUUGUACGACAUCCUCAUUAAAGUCUGAAGCCUCUCAAACAGAUUGUUUCGUUUAUGUGUAUUUUGUCGACAUUUGUCGGAGUUUUCUGUAACAUUAAUAUUCUCAUGACCAGCAGGACCUGUAUCACAACCUCUCAGGAAUGUUGAAGUGGGUACAAGUUGUUAAUGCCAAAGUUAAAUCCAAGAUAUGGAAGUCUAAGGCACUAAAUAAAAAAGAGGAACAGAGAAGCCAGGGGGAGGAUGGUGCAGACCUCAAUAAUGAACAGGGGCAGGACAAACCACCGCCUGUCCCACCACGAAAAUCAAAGGUCAGUAGAAAAUCGUCCCGGCAUUUACUUGGCAACAGUUGGCCCCAUGAUGCUCAAAGAAAUUUGAAAGGACACUUGGAAAAUGAUGAAGGUGUUCCAAACGUGGGGCAGUCCCGAACCGAGUGGGGGUCCCCUCAGUUUACUCGUUUUUCUAAUCCUGAAGGUAGUUUGUUAAGGGAUGUCCAAGACAACCUUAAUGAGGACAUUAACCAUGGUCAUUCUCAACCUACCAUCAAUAAAAGCCCGCGUGUUAAACCACGGCUUAUGACCUCCAGGUCAUCAAGUUCACUCUUCACUCAAAGGGACUGUGCUAAUGAAAAGUACCAUGACUUUCGACGGCGAUUUUCAAUCAAAAGUAAUAUCUCUAGCCGUGAGAACUUCCAUCCAGGAUCAACUGCGACAAAUUCUGACAAAAAAUGGAAUUUAUCUCAAAAUGCUUUCCCAGAUCUUCGACGGUCUCCGAACUCCUGGCCUCGACUUCAGAUGGCUGAAACUGAAAAUGAAGAAACUGAUGUCGAUGAUCACGUUAAUUUUUCAUAUGCAGCAAAAAAUGACAUAAGUGUUGCGAGGUCUAAAAGUUUGAAUGACACUGUGUCACGAGAACAAAGCCAGUUUCAUGGAAACAGACCGCAUUCAUUUAACGGGCUACGUGAUAAAGACUUCUUGUCGGAAACAAACCCUAUUGAUUCUGAUCAAGCGCGGAUGGAUACCUCAUCAGGAAUAAGGACACCAAGAUCCGAGAGAAAAUUUUACUCAGAAUUGAACAGCGGUAUUGAAAUCUCGCGCGAAAAUAAUUUGCCAUCAGAUGGCGAAUUACAGGCGGUGUUUGCCGGGAUACCUGGACUAGAGACGGGUUCUGUUACCGUGCUGUCGUCACCCCGUGUUUCACCGGACAUAUUUCAUGACAUUCCCGGACUCACAGUGACGUCAGAAUCGGAGGAUACCUCAGCAGGUGAUUCCAAUACUAGUGAAUCUCUGAUACAUCUACAGAAAGGACAGCAAUUUCUAGCCGUUCCCAGAAAGGUGCAUCGAGGUCGAAGGCGACGCCUAUCAGCUAGUGCCAGUUGUUCGGAGGAGAGCGAUAAUGAACCCUCCCCUCCAUUGUCACGUAGAGGUCGAAGGUCAGCUAUCGUGGACACAAAGAAUGUUGGCGAUGUGUCUCCUACAAAUCUCUCACCUGAGGGAUCUCCUGGGAAUUCCUGUGACGAGGGGGAAAAUCGUAGCAUUAACAGAGUUCAGCGACAUCGUUCUUCCCUUGAAACAACCAUGUACACCCACCCUGGGGAGCUCCUGGUCGCUGAUCAGCACCGGAAAUUGUUAAAAAGAAACACCAUCGCCGAGUUCUCUAUGUCUCGUGGUUCUUCUGUACCAGCCAAUCAAAAUGAUGAUUCUAAAAAAGGACGACAGUCUACAUUUUCCCUGCUCAAACUUAUGCGCUCUCGUAGUAAAGAGUCCAUGGCAAAACUUGAAGACGUCCUGUUGAAUAUGAAACCCAGUGAAUUUAAGGACAAUCAUCUACUGGCUUACAAAAAUUUACACUGGUCUGAGCUGAUAGCGAGCACGGACAAACACAACGACAAGGCCAGCGAUCAACUUCAACUCACGGAAAAGGAGCGGAAGCGCCGCGAGGCAGUCUGGGAAUUAUUCCAAAGCGAAUGUGUGUUCCUUGUUAAUCACCUGAUGGUCCUCAAGCAUUGUUUUAUGGAACCUUUAAAGAAGUGCCAGGUAGAAGGUCAUCUGAUGUAUGCCGAGCCCGAAGAUUUGUUCGGUAAUCUAGACGAAUUAUGUUACGUUAGCUACACAUUUUGUAAAGAUUUUAUUGCUACAUUGGUCAAAGCCAUGAGCUCAACAGAAUUCGGAAGCACUACCGUUCUUCUAAAGGCGUUUGACAGGUUCUCUUCACAUUCCAAAGAUGGAGAUGUUUAUCACACGUAUUGCUUGAACUACACCAAUGCUUUGACGUGUUUAGAACGUUUACGGAGAAACGAUGACUUUAACGAAUUUGAAAAGGCAUGUUGUCAAGAUCCCCGAUGCCAGCGACUAAAGCUUACAGACCUCCUGGUGGCCCCGUUGCAGCAUUGCACCAAACUACCUCUAUUGCUGAGCAACAUCCGCAAAUACACUGAAGUUGAGGAUGAAGUCGACAAAUUAACCGAGUCUAUCUCAAGGGUGGAAAUGUCUUUACAAAAGAUGGAAGACAAAAUGCAGUGGGCAAAGAACUACGAGAGAGUGCAGGAGAUCGCAUGCCAACUGUCAUGGCCGCCGGUGACUGACUUUGACCCCAGAGUAUUCAUUCCAGAGUAUUUAAAGCCGACAUUACUAAAACAGCCGUGUGAUCACCUUCUACUGACGUGUCCUGACCGACAGCUUCUUCAUGAAGGGCAGCUAACUCUAAUAGAAGCCACCAAGAUGCUCGACAUGUACCUUUUUCUCUUUGAUGAUAUUUUACUACUUACCCGGCUGAAAAAAUCUGCCAAAAAAAAACAGCAGACAUCCGGGGGUGACUCGAAGACCCCGCUCCCCGGGGACAGGUGUCUGUACACGGUAUACAAACAACCAAUCUCCCUGGAUAGGAUCUGUCUGCACGAUAUUCCACCAACGGAAACAGUGGCGAACGGGAUCAAGUCAGCAUUCGUUCUUGUCCAGAUCAGCCGUUAUCAACAAAUUAUUGGAGUCUUCACGCUUCAGUGCACAAAUGACGCGGCGAAGUUGAAAUGGAUGGAUAAACUCCGAGAGGCUAAGGAAGGAUUAGAGAGCGUGGUUUCAAGACGAGGAACAAAUAUUUCCGAUAAACAAUCCACUGGCAAAUAUUAAAAUUGCUCUCAGACUGAUUUAAAAAAGUCACGUUUUGUGGGAAAUAUUUGCGUUUGUUAGAGAGGGAAAAAAUAAAAAUCAUUCUUUGUUAUUUAUGAUGUUACAAAAAUAAAUCUUGUAUAAAGAAAUAA